AUGGCUACCCAUCCUCCAUUAAAAGUCAUUGAUUUUCUUGAUGACUAUACGGAGAUAUUUGUGGGUGGCCAAAGCGGAAUUCUUACUUUCAUCAAAUUUUUACCUCGUUAUAAUUCAUCACAGCUCAAAGUCAGCACAACAACAAUCACAAGCAUUAAGUAUGAUAAAAAUACAAAAAUAAUUGCUGUUGGAGACAAAAAUGGUUAUUUGUACCUAAUUUCUCCUUCACAUACGUCAAUUCUUAAAUCUACAAAACAACACUCAGGCCAAAUUAACGACAUUACAUUAUCACCAUCUGGUGAUUUGUUAAUCACAGCAUCAAACGAUAGAACAGUUAAAUUCUUUACAUUUCCAGAAUUAAAGCUUAUCACAUCUAACCAAGGACAUAAGUCAUGGGUUAAUUCUGUCACGUAUGCCUUGGGUGGCAAGCGCAUUGUUACUACAGCAAGUGAUCGUAAGAUUCGUGUUUGGGGUGCUAAGACUCAUAAGCUUUACCAAAUUUUUGAAGACCUUCCUUCAGUUCCUACUACAUUGAUUUGUAAUCCUGAGAUUUCAUCAUAUUUUGUCGGUUUUAUAAACGGACAGGUUGGUUACUAUGACAAGAAUGGUAAAUGCGUUCAGUUAUGGAAGCCACACAAAUCUGUUGUUACAUCUCUUAAUUAUGAUCCUCAUAACCGCAUUCUUCUUUCAUCAUCAGAUGAUUCAACAUUAUGUGUUAUUGAUUGCACUACUAAUAAGAUGGUUAUGACACUCGAAGCGCAUCAUAAUCAUGUUUCAAAAGUUUCAUGGUGCAACGAUGGGAAACAUUUUGCAUCGUGCGAUACAAGUGGACGCGUUCUUGUCUGGGAAAUGCCAGAACAAACAUCACCAUCUGCAAAUAAUUCACAAACUAUUGAUCAGCAAAAUAUUGCUCAAAAACUUCCAGAAAAAUCCGAAGAAAUAGUUACAGAAAGAGUUAUUACUCCACAAGAAGAAAAUCAAGAAAUAGAACCAGAAAAUACACAAUCUGAAGAAACACCUGAUGCUCCAGUUGUUGUUUCUGAAGAAGAUAAAUUACCAGAAAAGGAAAAUUCCAAUGAAAGUAAAUCUGAGGAUGAGAAUAUACAUGAAGUAACUGAAACUCCGAUUGAAGAAGACAAAAUCCAGCCAGAAAAUGCUGAAGAAGAAAGUACUCCAGAAGAAAUUGAAGCUGAACAACAUCUAACUGUUCAUGAAGAAGAAAAUGUUCAAUCAGAAACUAAAACAGAAGAAGAAAGUAUUUUUGAAGAAAAUAAAAUAGAAGAAGUUCAAUCACCACAAGAAGAAAUCAAUAUUGAAGCAGAACCAAAGAUUGAAAUCGCUACUGAAGAAGUUAAAUCUCCGCAAGAAGAAAAUAAUAUUGAAGCAAAAUCAGAGAAUGAAAUCACUCCUGAAGUUAAAUUUGAAGCGGAAAUUGUUUCAAAUGAAACUAAAGUUCACAAUGAUAUAUCUGAAGAACCUAAACUUCCUGAAGCCGUGACUCAAGAAGAUGAUGAAACAAAGAAUAAUGAUGAUGAAUUGAACUCAGAAAAUGAAGAUACUCAAAAAGAUUUGGAAGUGAAAAAUGAAGAGGAAGAAGAGAUCAAAGAAAAUGAACAUAUUGAAGAAAAAGCUCCAGAAAAUGAUUCCAAAAUUGAACAGAAUGAGAUAAAAGACGAACAAACACAUGAAGUAGAAACAAAAUCUCAAGAAUCGAUCAAAGAAGAUGAUUUUCAUCAAGAAGAACUUAGUGGUGAUAAAAAUGAGAAUGAAGAAAAAGUUGAUGAUCAAUUAAUUGAAAAUGAUUUACAAUAUCAGGAAAAUGAACUCGAGAAAGAGAAAAAUCAACUUCCUCCAAAAGAAGAAUUAAAUGUCCCUCAUAAUGAAGAAGAAGAUUUGAAGUCAGAUGAUUUGAAUGCUCAUUCAUCUGAAAUCCCUGUCAAAGCAGAAGUUGUGCUUGAUGAUGCACAUGAAAAUAAAGAAACUAUUGAUGAUGAAGAAGAAAGCACAUCAGAAGAUUAUCAGAAUCUUACAUAUGAUCAACUUAGACAAAAAGUCUUAGAAAUCAUGGAUGAUCUUAAAAAGAAUGGACUUGACGAGGAAGAAGAGGAAGAAGAAACACCUCAUGAAAAAGUUGUUCCAGCUGAUUUUGUUCCUGAAUUGGCCGAAGAUACCGAGAAUUCAGAAGAAAACAAUGAAAGCCAAAAUGUUCAAACCAGGGAAGUUAUUAUUCUUUCUGAUGACGAUGAUUACGAUGAAAUUCCAAUUGCACCACCAGUCCAAAACAUUGAAAAAACAUAUGAAUCCGAAGAUAAAGUAGAAAAUAAGAUUAAAUGUCAAAAUGAGAAUCAAGAAAAGAAAGAAAAGGAAAUUAAUCAACACAAAGAAGAUGAAGGCAAUCAAAAGGAUAAAUGCAAGAAGAAAGAUAAAGAAGAGAAAGAGAAGAAGAAAGAUAAAGAAGACAAGGAAGAUAAGAAGAAAGAUAAAGAAGACAAAGAGAAGAAGAAAGAUAAAGAAGAUAAAAAAGAGAAGAAGAAAGAUAAAGAAGAUAAAAAAGAGAAGAAGAAAGAUAAAGAAGAUAAAAAAGAGAAGAAGAAAGAUAAAGAAGAUAAAAAAGAGAAGAAGAAAGAUAAAGAAGACAAGGAAGAGAAGAAGAAAGAUAAAGGAGAAAAAAAGAAGGAUAAGGAUAAGAAGGAGAAAAAAGAUAAGAAGAAGGAAAAAUAUGGUAAAGAUAAAAAGAAUGAGAAAAAUGAUGAUUUAAUUCGAAAACGAGAAUUAAUAGACAAUGAAGAAGAAGAAGAUAUCCAUGAAGAAAUAACAGUUGUCGAAAGGAGUAUUACUUUACCUGAAAAUGAUUUUAAUGAUUUUAAUGAUUUUAAUGAAGAAGAAUCAUUCAAUCAGAUUCCAAACUCUCACAACGAAGAAAAUGAUCCAGAAGAGGAGGAAGAAGACAUUGUUGAUCCUGUCAUAAUUGAACCCAAACAACCAAUGGGAUCACACGUUCCAGAAAGCCGUCUUGAAAGUAUUCUUAUGCAAAUAAAUUCUCAACUAGAGAUUCUUAGGCACACCUCAGAAGGAAUGAUAAGGCGCGCAGAAGAUGUUCAAGCUGUUAUUGAUGAACUUGUAUCUCAAAAUUGA